UCUCGUAUCUGCACCACCAGCAGCAGUUGAAGAUAAUUCGAAAGCGGCGAGUUCUAGGUAGUUGACGAGACGGUGCUCCCUACGAUUAUUCGCACUCUGGUGAGAAAGCGGGUCUUGUAAACAGACGGGGAGGUUUACGUUUGUCAACAGGCAACCAGCCGUUCACUCCAAGUCGGUCAGAGGUGUCAGUGUAGGGAGGCCCUAUCGUCAGAAGGAACACAGCCGGGCGAGAACGUCUUCCGAGUCGUAUUCACGCCGCUUUGUCGACACUGGAACCUCGCACUGCCGACCGUCCGAGCAAUGGAGAUGGGAACUCGAAAGAUGAACGGAGCCGAAGUGGUGUCGAACGAGACUGCGUGUCUGAACGACAGCGGACAUCUAUCAACACGAAUAGAGGUGUUGAAAGAGAUGGUCGAUGAGAAGUCGCUAACCGGUCAUCAUCCUGUGCCAGUCAAUAACCAGAUGCUUUGUGUUCCGGGUAGUCACGACGGUGCGUUCGGCUCCACCGAGUCGACAAAGUCUCGCAGCUCGUCGGUCGUGUCGUCGGUGAGUAUGGCCGAAGCGAUGGAAUCGGACGGCGAGUCACCCCCCGAGUGCUCGGACGUCGCCUUCACGUUUGACGCAAAGACAGCGAGAGUGACACGAGAGUCGGCCGCGCCAGCGUCGGGUCACACUGACUGUCGUCAAAAUCCGCAGUCGGAACGGAUAACGGAUCCGUCAGAUGACGAUUUUCGCUCGCAGUCGGGAUUGUCGAGCUGUAUCGACACUGAUGAUGACCUAAUGUCUGAUGACAUUCCAUGUUCGGCGUCCGAGAGGAAACUGGUGAAACGGCAAGGGACAUGGAACCUUCUAAGACAAGUCGUCUUCUGGUCACCGUUCGUUCAAGAAUACAAACGGUCCUAUCCUUGGGUUCAACUCGCUGGUCAUGAAGGUAGUUUCAAGCCUGGGAAUGGAGGCACCAUCUUGAAGCGAGAAACUCCAAAGGAGAGAGACUGUCUGACUCAGUUGAUGAAAGAUGUCGUUAAGCCUUACGUGCCAGAAUACUAUGGCCAAGUGAAAGAGAAUGGAGAGAUGUAUGUUAGAAUGCAGGAUCUACUGGCCAGUUUUGAAGAUCCCAGUGUUAUGGAUGUUAAAAUGGGAAUUCGAACAUACCUCGAGGACGAGCUCCUGAAAGCAAGAACGAUGCCAGGAUAUAGAACAGACCUAUAUGAGAAAAUGAUGAAGAUUGACCCUGGAGCUCCUACCGGUCUAGAACGACAGAAGCAAGCAAUCACUAAAGCCAGGUACAUGCAGUGGAGAGACACCAUCACAACGACAUCAAGAUAUGGAUAUCGAAUCGAGGCAAUCAAGCUACCAGGACAAAAGCCGUAUAUCAAGGAGUUUAGGAACAUGAAGAAUCCAACGGACGUCGGUCGCUGGUUCGUCAAAUUCAGCGGGUUGGAAAAGGAUACCUCAAUUAGUAGAUGGCGAGCUAGUAUUUCGAUUUGACAACCUGGCUAUUCUGUUGUAGACAUUGUCGAAUGAUGAUAGGCUUGUAUGCAUGAAAUGUAUUAUAUAGAAAGGUUUGGGCUACUUUUCUCAUUCUUGAAAUUAUAGAUUAUUUAUUUAGAAUCUGUGAUGGCAUGUCUGAAGUCAGUUGCCAUGGCAACACAAGCUGUUUUGGAACUAAAAGUAACAUGACAAUUUCGGGCAAUCCUUACGAUGACCGAUUUGUAGAAUGACAACGGACAGUCAGUCAGUAAUGAGGAAGCAGCUCGGCUGCAUUGAAAAUAUUUAAAAUCAAGAUUACUUCUUGUUUGAAUUUAGCAGAUGUCAUGUUUAGUGUGUGGUCUGUUAUGCUUUUGUGUACGCGAGUCACAGUUUGAAACAUUGAAGUCAGGGUAGGUUAUUCGUGCGAACAGAGUGACGACACUGUAGGAGUUUCUCUGAUGGUUGUUAAUUAAUUAACUUGACCGCGGUUGGUAGCACUAAUUUCGGUGUCUCGGCAUUUUGAAGUAACAGUGUUUACAACUAGAAUAUGCUAGAAAAUUGAAUUGCAGUGAGUUGUUAUCUCAAGCUUUGAUAAGAGGUGUAUAUACUCCAAAGUUGGUCUUGUUAUCCAGGUGUCAGUAC